AACUAACGUUAGCUGUAAACUAGUCGACGAUGGACAACUUCGAAACACCGUACGACGAAGAGGCUGCAUUUAUUGAAUGCACGGUCUGUGAGAAAUCCAUAAGAGGUGAAACCUUGUACAAGAUACACCUGACUACACCGGGACAUAUAAAGAAGGAGGAUGGCCUUGUUGCUGCGGGGAUUGCUGUCAGACAGCACACCGUACCGGUAUUCGAGGACAUUUUACAAUAUCUGGAUUACAUGAAGCUUGAUGAGCCGAUCAUUGGUUUGAACUAUUUGGAAGAAGUGCCUUGUAAUGACCCACCAGCAGGCCCCAGAUACACAUGUAGGCUGUGUCAUCAGACCGCAAACCUUGCAGAAAUGGUCCGUCAUGUGAUUGGACGUAAACACCGGCAGAAAUAUGUGGAACUGAAACGGCCUGACUUGGUGACCUGGGAUAAACAAUCUAUAAUAACCCAAGGAGGAAAGAUCAUUCGAGCCAGAGCAGAGAUAAUAGAGAGACAGGAUGGGCGAGGAACUCCAGUGAUAAUGGCGAAAAAGGGGAAAGAGGGCAAAUUAAACAUCACAAGAGUAGUUCCCCCAAGGCCGAACCAAAAUAGGGACCGAAAUAUCUCCCAGAGUUCGACCCAACGAGACGUGCCACCACAACUCAUGGACUAUCAGAAUGACUACUCUCACCAAGGACGGUAUCCCUCAGGGCACCCAAAUACACCCUCGUUCCAUCCAGAAGACCCAUACACGUUGAACCGAGACAGACAGAUGUACCAACGAGAGAAUGCUCUCAACCGUGACCGCAUGGAAGAACAGCUGCAGAGGGCAGAUUACAGGGACAGUGAUAUGUACAGACGAGAUUAUAUGGACCCUGAUUAUCGUAGGGAGUACGAAGAGGAAUAUGGUGAAGAUCCACAAAGAAGAGCCGUAUUAGAGCCUGGAGGUGUUCCCAGGUAUGACUCAAGGGUGGAGAUGCCCCGUGGACAGGCUCAGCAUGUAGAGUAUUACCCAGAAGAAGCCCCUUACAGAAGACCACAGACAGAAAGAGAUCCGCUGAAGGAGUUCUACACCGAGGAAGUUAGACGAAGGCGACUUCAUUCUGUUGAGUAUCAGCCGUCGCAGCCGGUAUACCCUGAUGGUGAUAACCAUCGGUCGUCUCUGGACAGGGAAUCCAGUAGACAUGACGGUAUGAAUAGAGCAGGUAGGCAGGGAUCGAGUGAACCAGAGGCCAACAGGAAGAGCUUCCCCACACCGCUGGAGAGUGACAGGUCGCGGGACCAUUUGUAUAAUACGAUCAGAGAUUAUUGCCACGAAAUGAGAGAACCACGUCAGGAGGAGACAGUUGCCAACCGUGGGCCAGGCAGAACAGGACCCCCUAACUCCCAGAGACAAGUGGAAGUUACCAGGGCCAUUUCUGACAUCCCAGAGCCAUUCAGGCGCUUCCUGAAAGGAGCUGCUAAUGACGAGGGACACGGUAAAAGAAAAAGAAAGAGUCGCUUCUCUGAUGCCACUGCAGAGGAGCUGGAAACCACAAAAGAGAUGUUCAGUGAUGAGUACGGACCUCCAAAUCCAAAGUUUGGCGGCCGCCCCAGACCAGUCAGUGCGCCGCUGAGACCUGAAAUACAUGGAAUACAACAUCCUGACCUCUACGCAGAAUCGCAGGGUCCACAUCAUACUGAAAGCUACCAAAGAGGAGGCUCUGAGUCAGAGGGUGUCUUUGAUAUGCUGAAAAACAUUGAAAUUGAGAAUGCAGAAGAGGCUGACUUCCUGAAGAACAAACUUUGCGAACUUCUAAAAGAAUUCAAGGCCAAAAAAUCUGGCAAAGCCGGGCAAAAUAGCCACAGUAGAACAAUCAUCUCCAAAGACUACACCAGCUUAAAACCAGACCCAGAGCCGUCUCCAAGACAGCAGUUUGAGACAAUCCCCAGAGAAGAUUCAGACCUCAGACGAUCAGAAGACCUCUACUUUCAAGAAGAUCACAGAAGAAGAGGCUGGAAGCAACAUGAGCAUAUACCUGAGGAACGGCUCCAAGAAUACCACCAUCCUGUACGGGGCGAACCCAGACGCCCAAACUCAAACAGAAGCCGUUACGAAGAAGUUUUUGGGAGUCCAGAUAUGUCUCUCACACCACAUGCUACACAUCUAGAUCAGCCAGCACAUUAUCCUGAAAGGUUUCAAGAACCCAUGCACCCUCGUGACUACCAGCCUGCUGCUGAAGAGUUUCUGGACUCUCACUCUUCUGCACCUCCCUUCCACAUGGAACGAGGACCCAGGAUGGACAGGGGACCCCGGUACUCCAACAACCUGGACAAAAUCACCUCCACACUAAUGGAACUUGUGGCAAGGAAAUAAUUUUCAGAUUUCCUUAGAUGUUGUGUGAGCUAAAUAUCCAUACUUUUAAUGGAAUACUUGAUAAUAUGAUUUUAUGUUAAUUUUCAUUCUUCCUUAGUCUUUGUUCUUUAGAACAUUUUCUGUAGACAUUUGUGAGAAGUUGCUUCUUAAAAAAAGUUGAGUUUAUGUAAAUAUUAAAACAUUUGUCUACUGCA